GAUAAAAAACUGAAAUGUUUACGUUGGAAAUUUUGGUUGGUACGAAAUUCGAAUACUUCAAAGUUGGAAUGAUAACGAAUGAAAAACCAAUUUAAUGUUACAAAAAUACGGAAGAGAUAUUGUUUAAAAGUAAUCCUGGGUGAUUCAAAUCUAGAUAAUUAGUUUCACUCCUGUAACGAAAUGUAUAAACAACGAAUUGCGAAAGAACUUUUGAAACUGUCGAAAGAUUCCGAUACCAAUUGCAUCUACGUUGAUGAGAACACCAAGGAAGGGGAUAAUUAUAUUAUUCUUAGUGCCACAAUAAUAGGGCCAGAUGAAAGCCCUUAUCAUAAUGGUGUUUUUCGACUAGAAGUAUAUUUACCAGAGAGAUAUCCUUUCUCUCCCCCAUCUAUAAAAUUUAUAACAAAAAUUUAUCAUCCAAACAUUGACGACGCAGGUAGAAUAUGCUUAGAUCUGAUGAAGAUGCCUCCAGCAGGUAGAUGGAAGCCUAACAUGAGUAUAGAAGGAUUACUAAUUGCUAUCAGAAUGCUUAUGGAGAGUCCCAAUCCUGACGAUCCAUUAAUGCCUGAAAUUGCCCAGGAAUUCAAAUUGAAUAAGAAAUUGUUCAAUGAAAAAGCCGCUGAAUAUACAAAAACUUAUGCUAUGAUCAGUACACACAAAAAUUAAAUUAAUAUUUUUUUA